AUGGCGGGUCCCGGCAUCGGAGCGGCCGCGCCUCGCCUGUCGCUGCUGCUGCUGCUCGUCGUCGUCUUCGCGGGCUCCUCCCUCCACAGCCGCACCGUGAGUUCUUCUUCUUCUUCUUCUUGCACGUGCGAGGCGGCCGUGCGGACGUGCACGUACACGGUGAAGGUGAAGACGAGCUGCGCGUCGCCGGCGCGGACGUCGGACGCGGUCAGCGUGGCGUUCGGGGAUGCGUACCGCAACGAGGCGUACGGCGCGCGCCUCCCGAGCGCGCCGGGCGGGAGGGCCUUCGAGCGGUGCGGCACCGACACCUUCCGCGUCUCCGGGGUGUGCGGCUACGGCGUCGGCUACCUCUACCUCCGCCGCGCCGGCCGCGACGGCUGGGCGCCCGAGUGGGUCCAGGUCACCGAGCCGGGCCCCGGCGCCGGAGAGAAGCCCGCCACCUUCUACUUCGGGGCGCCGCUGCCGGACGGCGUCUGGUACGGCCACAACCGCUGCCCCAAGGCCAAGGCCAAGGCGGCGGCGGCGGCUCGGACAAACACCACCUCUGCUGCUGCUUCGCCUCUGGGCUAG